AUGAGCGCUGUGACAGCAUUGGCUCAUGGUGGACGUCAUGUUGUUUCCUGCUCGUCUGAUGGAAAGCUGAAUCUGUGGCGUCUGGAUGAGCAGACGAGGCCUGUGAAGGCCCUUCCGAGGGCUCAUGGAUGCGCAGCGGACUGGGCCGCUGACUCGCUCACUCUUUGUCUGGAUGACACUGUGCUCGUGCUGCAGAUGGGCCACUGGCUGCAGGUCAGAGAGGUGCAUUCUGGAAAAGUGCUGUACGUGGAGAAGGAGUCAUUAGAUGUUCCUGUGGUCACAUCUGCAUGUGAUGGACGGCUGCUGGUGGUUUUCUAUGAUGGCUGUCAUGUGGUUAAGGUCUUUGAUCUCGUGUCGUCCUGUUCGCUGCUGUUUUGUGUAAACCUCACUCUGGAAUUUGAGCCCAUCCACAAAGACCAGUCCAUCUUAGUCUCCCGUCAAUGUGCUAAAGACUACGUUCUCUUCGCCUACAGGGACGGAGGAGAGGCGGUGGUGUUCAAUGCUAAAGGUGGAGUUGUGUCAUCCACACUGAAAGCUCAGCACCCUGCAGCGUCAAUACAAGCUGUAGAGAUCAGCUCUCAGUAUUUACUGCUCUUCUGCAGAUACCCUUAUAAAAGACAGAGUGAAAUCAUUCAUAUUGAACUCUUCAGCGCUGCAUCUUUCCAGUAUCUGCGCUCUAUCUCGGGUUGCAGUCAGGACUACAUUUCCCAGGUCACACUUGCAGGAGGCGGGUCCCACAUUGUGGCCUUUUGCCCCACCCCUCACCAUGGCACAACUGAGAUUAUUAUCUGGAACAUUGAGACGGAAGACCAUAAACACAUUGCGCGAUUUCCUGGCCUAAUGACACACGGGGUGUGUUCUGACCUGCGGUUCUGUGUGGGCUUUUGUGUCGGAGAGAGAUUUUUACGCAUGUGGAACUUGGGAUCCAGAAUAAAUGACCAAACACUCACAUACAACGUGCACAAAGCACACAUUGAUGGCACAGCGGAGAUUGUGACCAUGCAGAGAAACCCCAGGUAUGUAGUGUGUCGAAGUACACGUCCCGGUACGGUGAGGAUCUGGAACGUGGUGCGGGUGCGACUGAAGGGUCGUCCUGUACAGGUGGAACAUGGCUUGUUCUCGAGUUCAGACAUCGUUCUAAUACGAGACCUGAAAAUCUACAUACUGUCAGACCGAACUACCUCCAACUUCACUGAUGCAGCGGUUUACCAGACCCUAUUGGUGUACGACCUUCUGAAAAAGAGUUACAUCAAGAAACAAACCGGACUGUUCAUCGUGCCCUGUCCUCAGCAGGACUAUCAUCUCCUGGAGGGUGAAAUACUGCUGGGCCUUUCAGAAACACGGGAUCAUCUGAUAUUGUGGGAUCUGGACUCUGGCUAUAUUAAAGGACGUAUUAAGACAUCCUACAAAGAAAGUCUGCUCCUCAGCAUGGACACAGAUUCACAGAUUAUGCCCUCAAAGAAGAAGACAGGUCUAGUGAUGCCAUGGGACAGGCGCACCGAAACCCAGACUGCAAAAAGGAGUCGACAAGAGCAUGAGGCGAAGAGAAAGAAGGAUGAACAGAAGCUCCUCGAAAGAGAGAAGUUCAACUCUAUAGACCAGUAUCUCCUCAGUGGAGAUGAGCAGGUAGUCAUAUGUUCAUACUUUGCCCAUCAUCUCAACGUCUUCAGUGUGGUUUCUGAGGAGCAUCUGCACACGCUUGAGGACCGAUGGUCCCUUCUGAGCCUCCGUACUGCUGCAAUCACUCAUAAUGGAGAGCACUUGGUGGUUUCCAACUACAGCGAGGCCCAGCAUGCUCCAUUCCUCACGCUCUGGGACACACAACGGGGCAUGGUGCGGAAGAGAUUGAAAAAUGAACCUGGAAUCUGUUGCAUUGCUAUAAGUGACGAUGCCUGCAGAGUGGUGUUCGGGAUUGCAGGAUUCAACAAACUGAAAGUAUGGGAUCCAUUCCGGAGGAAGCAUAAAAACAUCUCUGGUUACGGGAGUUUAAAUCUUAACUGGUCCAGCCAGCUCUUUAUCACUGAAGGACAAUCCAGAGCCAUUUUAUUAUCAGGCGCAGUGAGCAUGUGGGACCUGGAAAAUGGGACGUUGCUGUCCGUCUUCACACCUGACUCUAAGAUCCAGAGCAUCUCUCUACUUGGGCCAAACAAUGGCACAUUGCUUUUAGGCUUUAGUGACAUGUCAACUCUCAUCACCAUGACGGUCAGCCAACAGAACGCACACACUAAAUCCAGCACUGCUCGUGGAAAAGACCUGUUUGGGGAAUCCAGUAGUAGUGAAGAUGAAGAACAUGAACUAACAAAUCAGUCCUGACUGGAAAAGAAGAUCAGUGUUAAGGAAGCUAUCCUGAAACUGUAGCUUGAUAAGCUACAAGCAGCUCAUCAUGAAAACUAGCUAAGCUACUGUCACUUCAAAAUAGUAGCUAACUACACUACUAUUUAUUUCCUAAAAGUAGCUGUAGGUGGGAUCAACAAACCACCUGUAGAAACAAACUCAUUCCUCUCAUUGACACAUUAACCGACACAAACACUAUGCAUUUAUGAAGUGUACUUCACACAGGGGAUUAGGUUUGACAAACCACUUGUAGAAACAUUCUAGCACUAAGUUCUCUGAGCACAAACAAGUUACUUUGUAUAACUAGCACUUCUUGGGUGUAUUGCCUCUUCUUGUUGAAUUGCUGGAUGUUUCCUAAAUAGCUUUGGACAAAAGCAACUGCUAAAUGACUAAAUGUAAAUGUAGCUGGUUAAAUUGAAGCUACUUCUUUUGCAAAGGUGUGUUUAACAAAAAUAUGUAUUAGGGAUGCUCUGAUAGAUUGGCUGAAGAUUGAUAUCAGCCGAUAAUCACAUUUUAUGACUUGAUCAGUACUCGCCAAUCUGGCCGAUCUCAAAAAUAACCCGGAAAUCAAGGAGAUGAGAGUGAAUUAGCAAGAGAACAGAUUGUGGGUGCCAUUGUGAUUUUCUAAGCUUUACAUUUGUUAGGUUAGAUAAAUAGCACAAUAAAGACAUCUCGAGUGCACAUCCCUGUCUCUCCCAUUGAGUGAUCGAGUUGCUCUAAGGCUGUCUAGAGCAUAGGAGCUGUGGUCACAGACGUGCUAGUCGGAGAGCAAAAUAUUGGAAUGGCCUAGCAUGUAUUUAAGCUUUUUUACAUGUACACUGUAAAACCCAAAAAGUUAAGGUAAGUCAAACCAUUUGAGGAAACUGAUUGCAACAAACCAUUUAAGUUCAAAAACUAUUUCAAAUGAGUGUUGUGAACUUAAUCCAUUUGAGUAAAUGAAGCAAUUUGAGCACAGUAAAACCCAAUAAAUGAAGAGAACUCAACCCAACUGAGUACUGUAAAACCUAAUAAAUUAAGGCAACUCAAACCAUUUAAGGAAACCAAUUGCAACAAACUAUUUAAGUUAAAAACUAA